AUGGCUGGGAUGAAGCCCACCCCAGUCAAGCCCGCCGCUCCCUCCACCCAGCGCAACGGCAGCGCGGCCCCCGGCUCCAAGAGCCGGCCUAAGCAGGCUUCGGAGGAGGCCGCGGCCGCCAGCUCCAAGGCGCAGUCGGCCUCCAAACCGCGCAAAACCACCAAGGAGAAGCCGGCGGCCACGAAGAAGAAGCGAGACAAGCCAGAGCCCCAAGUGGGCGGCAAGCGUAAGAAGCAGCAGGCGUCCGCCGACGCGGCCACGCCCGCGAAGAAGAGGAAGAAGGGCUGCGAAGGCCCGGAACCCAAACCCCAGAAGGAAGCCACGCCCGCGAAGAAGCACAAGCCAUCCGGCAAGCCGGAGAAGCCCGCGACGCCUGGGAAGAAGCAGAAGCCAGCCGGGAAGCCCGCGACGCCCGCAAAGAAGCAGAAGCCAGCCGGGAGGUCCCCAACGCCCGCGAAGAAGCAGAAGCCAGCAGGCAAACCCGCCACUCCCGCGAAGAAGCAGCAGUCAACCGGCAAGCCCGCGACGCCCGCGAAGAAGCAGCAGUCACCCAGCAAGGCUGCGACGCCCGCGAAGAAGCAGCAGUCCCCCGGCAAGCCAGCGACGCCCGCGAAGAAGCAGCAAUCACCCGGCAAAGCGGAGAAGCCCACGCCGAAGAAGCAGCAUCAGUCAGCCGGCAAAGCGGAGAAGCCCACGCCGAAGAAGAAGCUGCAGUCACCCGGCAAAGCGGACAAGCCCACGCCGAAGAAGAAGCAGCAGUCACCCGGCAAAGCGCGGAAGCCCGCGGCGGCGGCGACCUCGCCCACGAAGAAGCAAGUCAAGCGCGAGAAGCCCACGCCCACCAAGAGGAAGCGCGGCGACGAUGAGCCCCAAAAGGAAGCCAAGAGCCCCAAGAGAGCGCCUGCCGAUGGGGAGGCGCGCGCAUCUACGCCCGUGAAGGAGAAGCGGAAGGACCAGAAGGCGGCUGCGGCAGACAUGGGUGUGUGCAGCUUCCCCAUGGCGCGGGUGCGGCAGCUGAUGCGGGUCGAGGACGCCACCAUCCGCGCUUCCAGUGAGGCUGUCUUCCUCAUCAAUAAGGCUUCCGAGUUCUUUUUGGGGAAGUUUGCAGAGGACGCUUAUUGCAAUGCCGUGAAGGAUCGUAAGAAGUCCAUUAUUUACGAUAAUCUCUCAACAGCUGUUUGCAGUCAGAAGGGUUUAAAGUUCCUUUCAGAUUUUGUACCGCAGAGAGUUGCAGCCGAAGAUGCUUUAAAGGCAAUGGCGGGCAACAACUCAUAA